AGUAGAGCAAAGUCCACUUAACCACUUCCCGCCAUGUCUUGUCUUUCUCUCAAACCGCUAUCCAUUUCACCAUUCAUCUCCUACAACCCACAAAACAUCAAACCCUUAAAAUCCCAACACAACAUCAUUCCACCCUGUUGUAAAUCACAGCAGUACCAAACUGAAAGGGCCCACAAAUUCGAUGUCGGCGACACUUUCUUCCGCAGCGAAAGCGCCACUGCCCGGGACCUGGGAGUUCUCUCCGCCGCCGUCUACCGGAACACCACCGGGAGCCUCCGUGUUCUCGACGCCAUGUGUGGCUGUGGUAUUCGUUCUCUUCGCUACUUAGAAGAGGCCCAGGCUGAUUUCGUUGUGGCUAAUGAUGCAAAUGACAAUUACAAGGACCUUAUUUUGGCAAAUCUGUCUCAGUCCAACCUGCCCAUUGGACACCCCUAUUCUCAGGUCUCAAGUGAUUCUGGAGAAGGGAAAAGAUGGGAGGUUAAUCAUUUGCCUGCUACUAGGUUAUUGGCUGAGUGUUAUGUGCGAAAGGACUACUUUGACCUUAUUGAUGUGGAUUCUUUUGGUAGCGGUUCAAGUUACUUGAGAGUUGCUUUGGAUGCUGUGAAAUUGGGGGGCUUGCUAUAUAUUACUUCCACUGAUGGACUUUCUUCUGGUGGUCAUAGGCCUCACCAGUCUUUAGCUGCCUAUGGAGCAUAUGUUCGGCCUUUGCCAUACUCAAAUGAGAUAGGUCUCCGGAUGCUUAUAGGCGGGGCAGUUAGAGAGGCUUCAGUGCUUGGUUAUCAUAUUGUUCCACUUUUCUCAUACUACUCAUAUCAUGGGCCCGUGUUUAGAGUGAUGCUACAAGUCAAGCGUGGAAAGUCUCCUUCUAACAGGUAUUAUAGUUUUAUCAGCUAUUGCAAUCGAUGUGGGAACACUCGAGCAUUUUCCUGGAAUGAACUUGGUGAGAUCAGCUGCCCUUGUAGUACAAAUGUUUCACGUUCACUUGUGGUUUCAGGACCCCUCUGGACUGGACCUCUUCACAAUGCUCCCCAUCUAACAGAAAUGAUGAGUUUGGCUGAUUGGUGGGGAUGGCUUGGUGAUGGUGAAGGGAAAAAUCUUGAAAAACUAUUGAAACAAAUGAUUGACGAGAGUGACCCCAAAUUGCCAGUUGGAUACCUCAAUGCAGAUGAGAUCGCAAGUCGUGCUAAACUUAAUUUGCCUCCUCUAAGUGCGAUAAUGAACCGCCUGCAUGAGGUGUUUUGAUGGAUUUUCCACUUCCUACACAUUAGACUAGCUAGAUUAAGUUAUCCGUUUUAACUGGUAGUACUCAUUAUUGUUUGGACUCGGCUCCCUGGUCUUAGCAUCGUUCACGCAUGUGUUGGAGCUAACUACUACAUCUGUUUUAUACUUCUUGUAUCUUUUUAUGCAUUAUUAAUGAAAUCUUCUUCAUAAAAGACAAAUAUAAAACCAGACAAAAAUAAUUUCUGUAUUUAUAUGCGAUUUUCAAUUAUGGUAUCCAGUGAAGCAUGAUUAGAACUCAUGGACAAUUUAUGAUUGAUUAUCUCAAUGCAAUCUAGGUAGAUAACGCACUUAAUUGACGUUUGUUCACUUGAGUAAGUACCACAAAGAAUAUAUGAUGUUUGAGCAGGAUGCUUUGAGAAUCUACAGACCUUUUCAAUUAACCUAUGUACCUUUUCAAUUAAUUCAAAUAAAUAAAGAUGAGAACAUUAAACUGAAACUAUUUUGAAUUUGAAAUUUCCAAUGUGAAGAUGACAUUAAGGCGUGGUAAUGAAGUAUUUGAAGUAUAAGAAGGUAUCUUUUUAAAAAGUUUUCCUCUUUAAAAUAAACCAUAAGAUUAGUAUCAUUGUUUUGGGGGGCUUUAUUACAGGAAGGUUAUGCUGUUAGCAGAUCACAUAUUGCCCCAAAUGCGAUUAAGACAAACUGCCCCAUGGUUGAAUGUGUUAAGAUUGUAAAGCAACUUCAACAGCCUGCUGAAAUGAAUUCGCUCCAUUAAAGUUCAUGGCUGCUGCAGUACAUCGAUGAAGAGGAUUGUCAAUACUGUUGUAGAAGGCUUUAAAUCAGUUCUCCAAAAUGAAGAACCACAAAAAUUCAGUAGUUGCUAUUACUAGUUUUGCACGCACUUGCGUCCACUGAAGAGCAAUUCAGAAAUUUUGAAGGUUGCUGAUCCAAUCCCAGUUUUAGUUUAACUAGGCAGAGCUUCGCUAAUCUUAGAUUAUCAUGCUUUUGACGCCGGCUUGGGUUUUGGUGUAUGCAGAAAUCUGCGGCAACACUUUCUAGUUGAUAGGUGAGAACAAAUUUUGUUCUCUUGUUGAAAAACAAAUUAUUGAGUAUUGGAAUGACACCGACACAGGUGAAGCGAAAUGAACAUGGACGUUUCAUA